AUGAAAAAGGCCUUCAAUGGGAAACAAGAAUUUGGAGAGCGUCCAAAGAUCAUGCCUGGUGUAGAGGUGUUUGAGAAGAUAAAAGAUAUCCAGAUCACAUUUGGGAAGAAACAUCGAAAUUUUCUUUCUAAGCAAGGGUUUAAGAAGUGUUCAAAAUUGUGGAGCUUGCCAUAUUGGAGAUUUCUUUUCGUGAGACAUUCUCUUGAUGUGAUGCAUAUUGAGAAGAAUGUGUGUGAUAGUCUAAUUGGUACAUUAUUGAACAUCCCUGGGAAGACUAAAGAUGGCCCGAAAUCUAGAGCUGACUUAGAGACACUUGGGAUCAGACAGGAACUCCAUGUUGUUGAGAAGGAGAGUGGUCGAAAAUACUUGCCUCCUGCUGCGUAUACACUGUCUAGGAAAGAGAAAAUCGAGUUAUGUGAGAGCUUGGCAGGAGUUAAAGUGCCACAGGUGUAUUCUUCUAACAUUCGUAGCCUUGUAAACAUGGAUACCUUGAAGCUUGUGGGCCUUAAGUCUCAUGAUUGUCAUGUCCUAAUGCAACAAUUAUUACCCGUGGCUAUUCGUUCAAUUUUGCCUAAAAAUGUUCGACAUGCCAUUAUCAGACUUUGUUUGUUUUUUAAUGCAAUUUAUAGUAAAGUCAUUGAUCCUAAAGAUUUGAAAGCUUUGGAGGAAGAUAUUAUUAUAAUUUUAUGCCAAUUAGAGAUGUACUUUGCUCCAUCGUUUUUCGAUAUCAUGGUUCAUUUGACGGUUCACCUAGUAAGAGAGAUAAGAUAUUGUGGUCCUGUAUAUUUGAGAGUUCAAUGGGCUUUUGAAAGGCAAAUGAGAACGUACCAGGGAUAUGUUACAAAUGCUUAUCGGCCUGAGGGUUGUAUUGCCGAAAAACUUUUCUACGAAGAAGUAGUCGCAUAUGUUAGUGAAUUUAUGGUAAAUGCAAUGAAGAUAGGACUUCCUGUAUCUCGGCAUAGUGGAAGAAUGGAUGGUCAUGGGACCCUAGGUCGUAAACAACUUGAUAUGUCUUAUGAAAACUGGCACAAGGCACAUUCAUAUAUUCUGCAUAAUGAGGAUGAAGUUGCACCAUAUGUCGAAAGACACAUGAGACACUUGAGGAAGUACAAUCCAAGGGCGAAUCCGAAAUCCUUAGCUGAAAAACAAAGCAAGUCAUUCAUUGUUUGGUUCAAAGAUGAAGUAAUCAGGGAACUUGAGGACCCUUCAGUAGUAGUUUCUGAUCGAGUUAAGAGUUUAGCAUUUGGACCCAACUUUAGUGCAACUUACUAUUCUGGAUAUGUUAUUAAUGGCUGCACUUUUUACACCAGGUUUCAAGAUGAUAUUAGUACUAUGCAAAACAGUGGGGUUACUUUGGAAUCUGAAGUUUUUCAUUUUGCUAGUGCGAAAGAUAAGAAUCCGGUUUGUGCUACAAUGCGAUACUAUGGAGUCAUUGAAGAGAUUUGGGAGUUGCAUUACUCUAAGUUUUCGAUUCCUGUUUUCAAAUGCCAAUGGUUUGACAGUAACGGAGUUGUAGAAAGUAGCUUAGGGCAAAUAUUUGUCAAUCUUAAAAAGACCGGUCACAAAGAGGAUCCUUUUAUAUUAGCUAAUCAAGCUAGGCAGAUUUUUUAUAUGAAUGACCCCUCUGAUAAGAGAAUGGCAGCAGUCAUCACACCAAGGUCUCGAGUUGCCUUCUUUUCCAUCGAUGCCACUGGUGAUUGUUUAGAUGAUACUAUGUUGGAGGCUAGUUCUUUGGGAAGAAGAAAUGUACAAGUUUGGGGUGAUGAUGAUGAUGAUAAUGCUGAUGAUUCCUCGAUGUAUGUGAGAGAUGACCAUAACGAGGGUACAUGGGUUGAAGAACAAAAGAAUAGCAAGGGAGUCAAGCUAAAGCGAAAGCGAAAGCGUUCUAAUUAA